AUGGCCACAGCAGCCAUUUUCCAAGUGAUUUCUGUCCACAAUGCAGGGCUGCCGCCACUGGACUCUGGAGGGCCUGAAGACCCUGAGGAUUCUAAUAAUUACAUUUCAGAGGAAAAUGGACCUCAAGAUUCCCAUACAUUUAACUAUAUACAUGUGAAGCUGGAGGAACAUGUGCAACCAGAACUCAGCACCAAAAAGCUCAUCACUGAGAAAGCCAAAGAAGUCUGCACAAGUGCCCCAAAAGUGCUCGCUAACUUUUUUUUAACACUCUUUCCAGUACUCCAAUGGCUUCCACGAUACAAGAUUAAGAAAUUCCUGCUUGGUGAUGUCACAUCUGGCAUCAUAGUUGGCAUUGUUACAAUUCCACAAUCAAUUGCUUACUCUCUGUUAGCCAAUCAGGACCCAGUCUAUGGGCUCUACACCAACUUCUUCUGCUGCAUUAUCUAUUUCCUCACAGCCACUUCUCGUCAUAAUUGUGUAGGGACAUAUGGAGUGCUGUGCCUUAUGGUGGGCGAAUCUGUGAACAAACAGUUAAAAGCAGCAGGAUACAUUACAGAUGGGAUCACCGCACCAGUAUUAAAUACAACACUAGCAAAUGGAGUGGUAUGUGACAAGAGCUGCUAUGCCAUUACUGUGGCCACAUCAUUAGCAUUCAUUGUUGGUGUCUACCAGAUCCUUAUGGGAAUCUUUCAAUUAGGCUUCAUCUCCAUGUAUUUGUCAGAACCCUUGCUGAGUGGUUUUGUCACUGGCUCAUCCCUCACCAUUCUGACCUCACAGAUGAAGUAUCUACUUGGAUUAAGUAUUCCUCGGCGUGAUGGAGCUGGAGCUUUGGUUUUGACUUGGGUUGACGUCUUUACAAAUAUUAAGGCCACAAAAAUAUGUGAUUUGGUAACUAGUAUAAUUGCACUGAUCACUAUUAUACCUGUCAAAGAAAUUAAUGAUAGGUUUAAGAGUAAGAUGAAGAUUCCAUUUCCAGUAGAAUUGAUUGUUAUAAUUGUUGCCACACUAGUUUCCCAUUAUUUUAAUUUUAAUACCCAAUAUAAGUCUUCAAUAUGUGGCUACAUUCCUACUGGAUUUCAGACCCCAAAAGCCCCAAAUUGGAGCAUGAUUCCUGGUAUAGCUGCCGAUGCAGUCCCAAUUGCAAUAAUUGGAUUUGCGAUGACAGUAUCCCUUGCUGAAAUAUUUGCCAAGAAACACGGGUACACGAUCAGCACCAAUCAGGAGAUGAUAGCUAUUGGCAUGUGUAACCUAGUCCCAUCUUUCUUUUCCUGCUUUUCAAGCUGUGCUGCUCUUGCCAAAAGUCUCCUAAGAGAAUCUACAGGUGCCAAUACGCAGCUCAAUGGUAUAAUUAGCUCUGCUGUGUUGUUACUUGUACUGCUUGCCAUUGCUCCACUCUUCUAUUCACUUCAAAACUGCAUUUUAGGAGUCAUCACUAUUACCAGUCUCAGGGGAGCUCUAAGGAAAUUUGCAGACACUCCAAAAAUGUGGAGAAUUAGCAAAAUUGACACAGUGGUCUGGUGGGUCAGCAUGUUGUCUUCGUCCUUAAUCUCAACUGAGAUUGGCCUUGGAGUGUCUGUAUGCUUUGCUUUGCUCUGUGUGAUUUUUCGUACUCAGAGGCCAAGGGCUACUUUGCUGGGUAAAGUCAGUGGCACGGAGAUAUACGAGGACCAGUUCAUAUACAAAGAACUAAAUAACAUACCUUAUGUUAAAAUAUUCCGUUUUGAUGGCUCUCUUUAUUAUGCCAACAAAGACUAUUUUAGAAAUUCUCUAUACAGCAAAACUGAUAUUAACCCUUCUUUAGUGUCUGCUUUACGAAGGAAGGCAAAAAAAGAAGAGGAGGCUUCUUCAGUGGAACCAAGUAAUAGGUUUAUUGCCAGGUUUAACUUGAUUAAAACUGUAAAACGUAGACCCACAUCUUCUAAAAUCUCAGUCCCAGAACUUGACAUACACUCACUCAUUAUUGAUUGCGGUGCCAUGCAGUUUAUAGACACCGUGGGCCUUGGCAUUCUCAAAGAUGUCCGCAAAGACUAUGAGGAGAUUGGAGUUCAAGUGUUCCUUGUAAACUGCAACCCAUCAGUGCGCCGCUCACUCCACGAUGGAGGAUAUUUUAGCAACAGUGGUGAAGUUGAGUUCCUUGCCUUCCAUAGUGUACAUGAUGCAGUCACAUAUGCUGAGAGAAAAUUCAGAGAGAAACAGAAAGAAAUUCAACUAAUGGACAAUGCUUUCUCCUUUGACCCAAAUCAAACUAUUAGUGAUGACCUUAGGAAUUAAAUGUGAGAAGGAUUCCUAAGUAAUAGAUUAGCAAAUUGUUCGCUGUUUCAAAAAUAUUUAACAAAGAAUUUGCAAAUGCAAGGUUGGUUUUGCCUUUUAAAUGACUGCCGCUUUAAAAAAACGUCCAUUCUCGGCCGACAUCCUGCACCUUCGGCAAACUCAGACUUUAUUACAUAUACCCUAUUGUACUAACAUUUAUGUUGAAUCGGAUCAUGCAUCAAUAUUUUAGCACAUUCAUAUUUCCAAUAUCUCUGUUUGCAAAUGUAAGCAAUAAAUACCUCUAGCUGUUCAUUGACCACGCUCAGCUUAACUAAACUAUGUCAUUGUGUCAUAAUGACUGUAAAUAUCACUGUGUGUAGAGUCAACAAGUCUUGUUUAUAGAAGCGCUUAAUUAUUAUUGUUGUUGAUUUGUGAUGCGCCCCAGCACUUUACAGUGCCAUACAAUGGAAAAAGCAGUGCAUACUGUAUAUAAAACAAGGACGUACCAGGGAGACACAACUAAAUGCAGACAAGAAAACAAAGGAUAAGGAGAUGAGUGCUAACAAAUGAUUUUGCAAUCUAAUGGAUUUAACCAUACAAUCUAAUUUAUUGAGUACUUAGUGUAAAUGGAAAACUCCACUGUCACAGGUACACAUCUAUAUGUAUCUCAAAGUUAUUAUUAUUAUUAUUAUUAUUACUACUAACAGUGACGUGCGGUGGGGUGAGGCAGGUGAGGCAGAGCCUUUCCUGUCAUACUUACGUUUAAACCAGAGUUUUGAUUGAAUAAAGUAUAUGAAAAAUACUGAUAAUUUGUUUGAAAUAUCUUCAUUGCAUUAUUCUAAUAAUUUUUAUAGCCCAAACUCUGGAGUAAAAAGUCUAUGGCAGGUGAGGCAGUGCCUCACCUGUGUAUCCUUUCCACCCACCUCUAACCAAAUCUCACCAAAUUUCCAGGAGUUUAUAAUGCUGCACCUGUGUAUAAUUCCCAGAUGUACCCUUUGGCUCAUAUAUUGCAUGUAAAUCUGGCUCUGGGGUUAGCCAAUGCCUCCUGAGCCAUUUAGCUCACCGCAAGUCCCUGUGCUACUACUAUAUAAAAAGGACUUUCGUUGAUAU